AUGGUGUCGACCCUAGUCUGGCUACCGACCGGCGUCAUCUUCGUGCAAUACUUCUACACCCUGAAAUCGGUCAAGGGCAGAAGCAUGCAGCCAACGCUGAAUCCGGAUUCGUCGCCGUGGCGAGACAUCGUGGUAUUCAACCGGUUUGCUAUCCGUGUCUUGCGGCAGUAUGAGCGAGGGGAUGUGGUAGCCCUACAGUCACCGGCAGACUCAAAGCUCGUGGUGAAGAGAGUUGUAGCCCUCGAAGGCGAUACGGUAAAGACACUACCACCAUAUCCUGACGCAGAAGUCCGCAUUCCGCCAGGACACGCUUGGGUUGAAGGCGACGAAUCAUUCCAUACGGAAGACAGCAACACAUUUGGACCCGUCCCCCUUGCACUUAUCGAAUCUAAGCUUUCGUUCAUCGUUUGGCCCCUGCAACGAUGGGGUCCAUUGCACAAGCAUUUCGCCCCUGAUCCAGCAGCUCCUCGAAAUCACGCCUGGAGAGCUGAGAAGGCCGCCAUGGAAAGAGAACAGUGGAGAAAUUCUCGUAUCACCGUCGCAGAUAAGUAA